AUGACCUUUGAUAAUAUAAGCCCUAUCACAAGUUUAAAUCCCUACCAAAACAAAUGGACAAUCAAAGGAAAAGUCACUGACAAACGAUUAAUACGAUCAUAUAGUAGACCUGCCAAAAAUGGCCAUGUCUUCAGCUAUGAUAUUGUAGACACUGAGGGUUGUGAAGUUAGGGUUACAUGUUUUGACCAUAUAGCCCAACUACAUUCUGAUCGUGUCGAGGUAGGUGCUCAUUAUGUCAUUUCUAAGGGGUCCAUUAAGGAGGAAAACACAAGAUACAAUAAAUUAAACAACCAUUUAGAAAUCAUCCUAUCUGAUGCAUCAAUAUUGAAACGAUGCACCCAUGAUGAUGAUCCAUCUCAAACACGCUCCCCUUUCACACCAAUUAGCGAAGUGGUCCAGCUGACUAGUAAUACAUUGGUUGACAUCAUUGGUGUUGUUUUCUAUGUUGGAGAUAUCAUAGCAAUCCACAUGAAGGAUGACAGUAAAACAAAGAAGCGCAUUGUUAAAAUUAAUGAUCUCUCUGGCUCAACAAUUGAUAUCAAUAUGUGGGGUUCAACAUCUGAACAAAGAGGCCAUGGCUUGAAAAAUAUGUUCACCCCUGAUGCUGUACUUGUACUUGUACUUGCUAUAUGCAAUGCCCGUGUUGGGUACUUUAAUGGGAAGAUUAUCAAUAUGACAUCUGUAACAACAUUGCAUAUUAAUCCUGCUUUCCUAGAGGUAUAA